ACGUAAAUCGUUGUUAAACCCAUGAAAGGGGAGGCUUCUUCUAAACCCUAAUCCGCAGCUGUCAAUGAUCGAUUCAUCUGCUGGAGAUACACGUAAUUCUGGAUCUAUCUUCUUUGAAUCAAAGGAGACCAGACCUCUACCCUCUCAAGGUAGAGUGGUAGAAUCUCCAACUUGUGCAAAAUUAUAAGCUUCAUAUUGGGUGCAAUCAAGGUUUACUGAAGCAGCAAAGAUGGUUUCUUUGAAAGAGAUCGCACCAGCAGCACGGAACAACAUCAACGCCCACUUGAUACUUCUGGAGAAAGGCCGGAUCACGAGCGAAGGUCAAAACAAGACGUGUUUGGCAUUGGUCGCAGACGAAACAGCAUCCGUUCACUUCCAGCUCUGGAAUGAAGAGUGCGAUGCAUUUCAGCCUGGAGACAUUCUGCGUUUAUCCAAUGGCAUCUUCUCUUAUAAUCGCACCAAUCAUCUGGUGCUCAGAGCCGGCAAAAGAGGUCAGCUAGAAAAAGUGGGAGACUUCACGAUGCUCUUCGUGGAAUCACCAAACAUGAGUGAGAUCUUGUGGGUUCCCGAUCCAAAUAACUCCGCUAAAUACAUCCAAGAAUCUGUUAUUUCGCCCCAUUCCCGUAUUUUCCCACCAUUGCAAUAAGCUGUCUUUCUUGUAUCUGUUUUUGUCUGUAUAACAUUUACUACCGUAUCUGUCUCGACUUCUUCU